CCGAUGUCAGUAGAGAGAGAGAGAGAGAGAGAGAGAGAGAGGCGCGGUUGUCGUGUAGAGGGAAGGCAAGGUAGGUGAUUUUCCUUUCUCUCGCUCUCUCCUUUUUUUUGUUUGAUAAUGGGAAAUUCGUGCUUGGGAUUGACCUCCAAGCGUAGUGUCGGCGGCGACUGGGGUUUUCAAAACUCGUCUCAGACUGGCACCCAAUUAAAGCCAGGACCUGGAGUAGCAGCAGCAGCAGCAGCAGCCGGAGUAGCAGGAGGAGGAGCAGGAGGGAGAAGGCCACCCACUUCUGCGGUUGUAGCACUAGUCAAUCCCCGCUCCAUUACCCCUCAAUCUGAUCUCCCACCACCUCUUCCUCCUCCUUCUCCUCCUCCUCCUUCUUCUAAUCAAUCCCCGCCCCCCCCUCUCCUCCCGCCAUCCCCGGCCCCCUACCCCUCCUAUCCUCCCCCUCUUCCUGGUCGCGAUCCCGAUUACGGCGACCCCGACAUGACGAAGCGUCGGGAUCGCUCCAUCGGAGCCCUGGAUCUGCGCAAACCUGUCGCGAUGCAUCUCCCAAAGCUCAGCGUCCUCAACAGGAAGACCGAGAAUUUGAAGGACCUCUUCGUUCUGGGCAAGGAGCUAGGGCGAGGGCAAUUUGGGAUCACCUUUCUCUGUACAGAGAAGAGGACGGGGAAACAGUAUGCGUGCAAAUCUAUACGAAAGAGGAAGCUCGUGCAGAGCGAAGAUGUGGAGGAUGUGAAGAGAGAGAUCAGGAUCAUGCAUCAUUUAACGGGACACCCUAAUAUCGUCACGUUCCAGGGGGCGUAUGAGGACUCCAACGAUGUGCACCUGGUCAUGGAGCUGUGUGAGGGGGGGGAGUUGUUCGAGAGGAUAGUACAACGGGGGCAUUACAGCGAAAAAGCGGCGGCGGGACUGAUCAGAACCAUCGUGGGGGUUGUGGAACAGUGUCAUUCUCUGGGAGUGAUGCACAGAGACCUGAAGCCGGAGAAUUUCUUGCUCGCAAAUAGGAGUGAUGACUCGCCGUUGAAGACGAUAGAUUUCGGGCUCUCCAUCUUCUUCAAACCAGGUGAGCAAUUUCGAGACAUUGUUGGGAGUCCUUUCUAUAUUGCUCCUGAGGUGCUGAAGAAGAAUUAUGGGCCCGAGGCAGACAUAUGGAGUGCAGGUGUCAUCCUCUACAUUCUUCUCUGUGGUCUUCCACCGUUCUGGGCAGAGACGGACCAAGGUAUCUUCGAUGCGGUUCUAGCAGGUGUGAUUCCAUUCGACAACGACCCUUGGCCAUCGAUAUCCGAAAGUGCCAAGGAGUUGAUAAGGCGUAUGCUGGAGAUGGACCCAAAGAAGAGAAUUACGGCGCGCAAAGUGCUCGAGCAUUCAUGGGUGCGUGAGGAUGGGGAUGCCUCAGACAUACCAUUAGACCAUGCAGUACUUGUGCGCUUGAAGCAGUUCUCUGCAAUGAACAAGUUUAAGAAACUUGCUGUGAAGUUCUCAGCAAUGAACAAGCUCAAGCGGUUGGCACUGAAGGUCAUCGCUGCCAGUCUUUCGGAGGAAGAAAUGUUUGGUCUGAUGGAAUUGUUCCGAACUAUCGACGUAGACAAUAGCAACACCAUCACCUUCGAGGAGCUGAAGAACGGUCUCGCAAAGAUGGGGUGCAUGUCUGCUGAAUCCGAACUUCGACAACUUAUGUCAUCGGCGGACGUCGAUGGGAACGGAACUCUGGACUACUCGGAGUUCUUGGCUGCGACUGUUCACUUGAACAAAGUGGAGAAGGUGGAAAACCUCAACAUCGCUUUUCAAUACUUCGACAAGGAUGGAAGUGGUUAUAUAACAGUGGAUGAGUUGGAGCAGGCUAUGUCGGAACACAACCUCAAGGACAGGUGGCCGAUCGAGGACAUCAUCAGUGAGGUCGACCAGAACCAAGAUGGGAAAAUCGACUACCAGGAGUUUGUCAGCAUGAUGACAGGAGGAAAUGGCAUCAUUCGCAGGAGAAGCCUCCGUGCAAGCAUGCAUGUGCAACCAGUCAUCCCAGAGGGUAGCACGUGAGGAAGAUCGAUAUCUGGCUAUGAUCCACUGAGUUGACGAAGCCAUGCAUCGUUGCAUCUCUAGAAUUUUGCAGUCCAGUCUCAGCUGCCAGAAUGCUUUCCCCUCUCUGCAUUGAAGACCUUUGCGGUUGGUUGGCAACACUGUGAACUGGAUUGCUGACCGUUUCCCAGCCCCGGUACCAAGUGUGUAAGACAUCGAGUUCUGAACUCAUUGGAGGCAAGUUGGAGAGUGAGCGGGGGGGGGGGGAUGGAGUUGAGUGCUGUCUCCUUGCAUGGACGCAAGAUGCAAUCAUUUCAAUGUAUCAUGUGGCAAUGAAAACGAACGUCAGGAAAUGGAGUGAGCAAAGGCAGCAGUGCGACGGUUCAAAGAAUAUAGUAAGGCCUCGUUAUGAGAAGGUGAGUGAGGAGCUUGGAGAGGCGGACGAAGGGAAGAACCAAGAAGCGAGAAGCAAAUUGUGCCGUAAAGAAUACGUAUGUAAAGCCUACUCGAGUCGCUGGAGAAUCUUUCGAGGAGCUAAGCUGGGGCGGACCCUCUCUGGGACACGUGCACUUCUGGAGCUGUAAAUAAUUGAGUCGAACUCAUAGGUGGCUUUGAUGCGAUACUAGAGCAAUUGAGAAUGGAGGCAUGGUAGGGGACCAGGAAGGUAAGAAGAAGCUCCCAUUACAGGUAGUUGUGUAAAUGGGCGAAUCCACGUUUAACCAAUGGUCUGCCAAGGCCCCUGGUAUCAGGAAACAAAUAGCAUGGCAGAAA